CAAAACAAGGCAAGACACCUUUAUUUGUCUCAAAGGGCUGUACAUAACAUCAUAGCAACAUCCCCUGCCCUUAUACCCUCACAUCGACUACAGAAAAACUCCCAGAAAAGCAUUACAGAGAUGUUAUUGAUUAGAGGAAUUAAAAAUGUCACAUGCAGUCAGAUGUGUCUCUCUGUUUGUGUAACUUCCCAGUUUCUUGUUUCUACUUUGGGUUCCCAUUGGUCAGAACAUUGCAUUGUUUGGCUUGUCCAGGGAGUGGUCAUGUCCCAGGGUUGAAAUAAAUAGUUCCUGUGGACCAGACUAGUCCAAGACCAGGCCAGACUGCAAAGAUAUAAUUUUCACAUGCACAGGAUCCAAAUGUCUGCCACGAUGAUGUGUCUUUCAGGAUUGGUUGGCUUUCUGCUGGUGCUAACAACCGAGGCCAGAGUUGGACCCUCAUCUCAGUUAAAGUUCUGUUCUGAAACGGAACAAUGCCUGCUGUUUGAUCUGAUUUGUGAGACUGACCAGUAUGAGGUCCGUCACUAUGACUCUGCUAAAUGGGUCACAACUCAGCAGACAUCCUUCUUCAUGGAAUUUGCAGCAAUGCACGCUUUCAGGCGACUGUAUACAUACAUCACUGAAAACAAAAUUGAAAUGACUGCACCCGUUCUCAUAAAAAUGCCAGAGGACCAGAAAUUCUGGGAAAUGGGUGUCUACACAAUGAGUUUCCUGCUGCCAGCUGAACAUCAGGUGAACCCCCCUAAACCUACUGAUGAGAAGGUGCAAAUCCAUGAGAUGCCAGCUAUGAAAGUGUAUGUGCAGAGCUACGGAGGCUGGAUGACGAGCACGGCUGACAAAAACCAAGCCAGCAGUCUGUCCUCUGCUCUUGACUCAGUAGGGGCAAAGUACAACAAACUCUACCACUAUGCUGCUGGAUAUAACAGUCCAAUGACGCUGUUUAACAGGCACAAUGAGGUGUGGUACGUCGCUGAGGAUGAGCCAGAGUGUCCCAGCAGUGAGGAAAUGGAAUUUUCUCCUGUGUCUUGAGUCUCGUGGCACCAGUGCAGUGACCUUCAGCAGACAGUAUAUACAGAGAGAUGCUGCAGCUGAAUGCCUCAAGUCAUAAUGCACCCUAUGAUUAACCUGCAAGUGAGAACGCAGCUUUUAGCACAGAUGGAUGGUUUUCUGUCUUACUCAAUAAA